AGUAUUGGAAACCUUAAAAAAUUGCUUUAUAGAUUUCCAUUAAGUGUUUUUGUGUGUGUAUUUUUUAAGUGGCAAGAUUUGGUUUGGUUUUUAUUCAGCACAAAGCUACACAAUGGACUAUUUGUACUGUUCUCACCACUGGUAUCGAAACCCGAUUUUUAGCGUCGUAAUCCUGCAGACUUACCGCUAAGCCCCUGGGGGAUAAGUGGCGAAAGAAGUAUAUAUACAUCAACGUAGAAACUUUUAGUACACCAUUGAUGAAGGUGUCUCCACGCACGACAACUUCUCAUAGGGUUGGUUGGUUGUUUGUCUUAUCGUACACCAGGUGGCUAGAAAUGUUACUCCAAAUUUUGUUACCCCGAGAGUUGCAUUCUGUCCUAUGGAGGUGGUGGGGUGGUACUCGUUGACCGGUUGAAGAUAAAUUUAUUUAUUCGUCGAGAAUUGUGGAACCUGUCAGUUUUACAGAAGACAGCUAGAAAUACUACUGUGUAUCAUUAUUACAGUUUACAGAUUAAGUAAAAUUUGUGGUGAUACUUGGCCACUUCUAAAAUGCAGCAGUCCUCCCUGCUGGUCAGUCUUCCAGAGCCUGUUCUAUACCACAUCUGUUCUCUUCUUAUUUCACCUUUUGAUCUUUUACACUUUGGAUCGACUUGUAAACGACUACGGAGCAUCUCCUCACCACCAAGCCUCUGGCUCAGACAUGUGUUUUCAUGGUGUGAAGGUUUGUGGCAGUGGAUAGAAAUACCAGAAGCGAGUCAUCCUCGAGAUUGGUUGAUUGAACUCUUUCGUUCUUGUUGCUCAAAGCACCCCAAAACCCUACACUCGUGCCAUUUAGGGUCAGGGGAAGAAUGGAUACGUACAGAGUCUAAGCAGUUUCGUUGUAUGCUUGGCAUGCUCCGUUACACUUAUGCUGAUAGAGAUGAACGAUACAAUCCCACGGUGAUGUACCGCAGAUGGAUUUUUGACAUUGGGCUUUAUCAUCGUAUCAAACCUCAUAUUAACUUUACCAGCGAAAACUUUGCUCUUGAAGAUGCUGCACUGAAAGAGCUUGUUGAAUUGGGACAGGCCAAGGAACGAGACCUAAGGUUGGAAGAGCCACGAUUUUCCAAUUUAUGUAUAAAGUACUACAUCAAGCGAAUAAAAUCAAGUCGUGUUGAUUGGUAUGAGGAUUUGUUCUCUUCUGGGCCUCGUGGUAGCCUCUGUCCAUUAUUGUUGUGUCCAUCAGAAGUGGGAUACACGUCCGAAAUGACUGGAACAGCUGGAGUAGCAACCUUGGUGUCAAUAGUACUAGCAAAAUACCUCUCUCCUCAUUGUUUUGAUGGCAAAAUCACUUUACCUCAAAUGGUGCAUAUGAUUCAGAAAGCAUGUUGUAGCCUUAAAAUAAACUUGGAACAACUUUUACCGGUUCAAAGACAACAGUGGAAAUCCCAGCCCUUAGCAAAUUCUGUGACGAGUAUGGCUUUUCAAGGUUUGCCCUCCUUAGAUACCUGGCAAGUAGAUUUAGAUGAGCUUCAAAUCAAUUUGCACUGGAAGGAAAUCAUGCUACAGUGUUCUCGGUACUUAGAAGAGAACAAAUGGCUUGAUAGUAUUGUUGACAACAUUAGAGUCAAAUGGCGACAUGCACUUUUGGAGGAAAUUAGAAAAGUACUUGAAGGAGGUGAAAAAAUGCCACGAACUGUUACUCGUAUUAAUCUGACCGAUUGUGAUCUGAUUGGAGGAGACAAUCGUAGACAAGAAAUGGCGGCAGCCGCAUUCAUAUCAGACAUUGGAGUGUUGGUUACUUGGCAAUUGGUGGGAAAAAUUAAUUUUUGAUUGGUAGUUAAUUCCAUUGUUGAAGAAGAAAAAAUCAGUAUACAGUACAGUUAUUCAUUAUUAAUAAUA